CAAUUGAGUCUAUAUUGAAAGUUUUUCAGUUGAGUAGCAAUGAUGAAAAAUACAAUUGUUCUUUUGUUCUUGGUUGCUUGCACCGCCGUGCAUUAUACACAAGGUGUUCCAUUUUCGAUGCAAACUUGUAAACAACAUUUUCAACAACAAAUUUUUGCUGCUUUGAAUCCACCAAAAACUGCUAAAUUGACGAAACCUGGACAAAAACGUACCGUAGAUUUGUGGGGCACAGUUAACAAAGCAAUGACAAGAUGCUACGAUUGGGCUCAAUACAAUAAAGGAAAUAGAAGUGCAGCGGCACAAGCAAAUAAAAACCAAUUGAGUUCAAUAACGAAAGUUUUAAGGGCAGCCAUUAUAAGCAGACAACCAAUAACUAGAGCUACCACAGAUUAUUGUAUGAUGUGUCAAAAUAUGUUAACUAAAAAGACAUCCCCAACUCAACUGCAAAAGUUUCUCCCCGCAUUGAAAAAGGCAAUCAAAUAAUCACCUUGAUUAUGAUUCGUUCCGAUAUUUCAAUUGAAAAAAGUGUUAAUUCAAUUUUUGAAAUAAAGCAAACAUAAAAACAAUAUGUAUGACAAAAA